AGUUGACGUAGACGUACGUCUUACACUACUGGCCGCCAUUUCUUUUUUUCCUUGCCGUUCGUUGGAGCCAAAAAAAAGAAGCGGUUUCCUGUUAUAAUAAAACAGUAUAGCGUUUUUGAAAAAAACGCUAAAUUGUUGUGCGAGUGCCUGGGGUGAGUGACUGGCUGGCGGUUUGCCUGAAAGAAUGUCGAUCGAAUACCUGCAAGUGGCCGAAGAUGAGGGCGAAGAACCGAUCGAGUUGCCCACAGAGGACGACGGCACGUUGCUAUUAAGCACGUUGGCGGCCCAAUAUCCCGGCGCCUCCGGAUUGAAAUACCGAAACCCUGAAAAUAAGUCUGUGAGGGGUGUAAGAUUGAGCGAUGGAAGGUUGCAUCCGCCCCCCGAAGGGGGUUGGGGCUCCCAUAUUUAUUACUGUGUGUUUCCUAAAGAGAACAAACGCAAAAGCGACGAUAACUUGGAAAACACGACGGCAAAGACGAAGCGUAUGGAGACGAAACUGCGCUGUACUGACUUGAUAGUAUUAGGUUUGCCAUGGAAAACGACUGAACAAAACCUUAGGGAAUAUUUUGAGACUUUUGGGGAGGUCCUGAUGGCACAAGUCAAAAAGGAUCCAAAGACUGGUCAAUCCAAAGGUUUCGGUUUCAUAAGGUUCGCCUCGUAUGAAUCUCAAAUGAGAGUAUUAGCACAGAGACACAUGAUUGAUGGAAGAUGGUGUGAUGUUAAAGUACCCAAUUCAAAGGAAGGCCUAAUCCAGCAAGUUCCUUGUAAAGUGUUUAUUGGUCGUUGUACAGAAGACUUGACCGCCGACGAUUUAAGGGAAUACUUCGGUAGAUUUGGAGAAGUAACCGAUGUAUUUAUUCCAAAACCGUUCAGGGCGUUCAGUUUUGUUACAUUUUUGGAUCCUGAAGUUGCUCAGAGUUUGUGCGGUGAAGACCAUAUCAUUAAAGGUGUGUCGGUGCACGUAUCAAACGCAGCCCCUAAAUCGGAAACGAGAGCUUCGAAACACGGAUACGACCAUCGGGGCGGCGAUAUGCGUCUCCACGGCGGAAAUCGGGGUCCCCCUGGAGGUCCCGAAGGCCCCGGAGGAAUGUACCCACCGCAAAGUAAUUCCUAUAAUAAUUUCCCCAACAGAUAUAAUGGGCCGCCUGGACCCAACCAAGGGAAUUGGGGAAACCAAGGGGGACCCAGGGGCAACCUCGACAUGCCCAAUUUACAAGCCUUAGGAAUAACGGGUCAGGGAGGUCAGAACAACAACCAAGGGGGUUGUAACCCGUUAAACUUAGGAUUGAACCUGGGCGGACUACCGAUGAACCCGGCAUUGGUAGCAGCCGCGUUGAAUCAGGCGAGCUGGGGCCUCAUUGGGAACCUACAGAACCAGCCGGAACCAAAUUUCAAUCACGGAUUUAAUAACGGACCUAAUAAUAACAGCGGUAACAACCAGGGCGGAGGUAACCAAGGUGGCGGAGGCGGCCCGGGAUUCCUCAACUGGAUGUCGCAGGGCGGCGGAGGCGGCCCCGGGGGUGGCCAGGAGGGCGGCCAGUGGCCCGCCCGACCCCCUCCCGGACAGAACCAGGACAAGGGUUUCCUUAAGUACGACUAGGGAAGGGCGGCCGCUGCGCAGGCGGUUGGUGAGAUCGUUAGGAGGGCCAUGACAUUGUUGGUAAACAGGAGUAUUACACAAACGUGCACGUCAAAUCAAGCAUUUCAAGUAGCAGAUAAUCGUAACUUGGACCAUAGCUCACCAGUUCGCAGUUACCCUAAUUAAGAGGUGAACAAAAUUUAUUCUGAUAUUGUUUCUUCGUAGUAUGUCGUGGGUCCUCGGUAUUUUGAUAAAAUUUAAGCAAAUUAUUUUGUAUAGUUGUAUAGAGACUUACAAGGAAAAUCUGUGCAGGGUAUUAAAAUGUUUGAACUUGAUUUGCUUAAAUUUUUAAGUUAAAUCUAUGAUGGAGAUUUUCUGAUGAUCGCUAUGUAUGUUUCAUAUAUCUUUAUAUAUAUAUUAAAAAGUAAAUUAUUUAUUAGUAUAAGUGGAAUAAGUAACAAAUAUGGGAAGUGUACAAAUUGGAAGAAAGUGGGUCGGUUGCGUUGAGCCGCUGGACUUGUAUGAAAAUUAAUUUAAAAAAAAAAGACGUUUGUGGAGUUGUAGGCUUAAGAUGUAUGUGUAUGUCUUUAUUUGUCAGAAUAUAUGAUUAUAUCGCCUUUAGAGUGGU